CAAUCCAAAUCCAAGCUCAGUAAAUCUUAAGAAAAGUCUUCACGUUUCCUACUAGUACCUUGCACUUUGACUAAAUGAUCAGCGAAACAAAAAGGCUUUGAAUUUGACAAUGAGUGAUUUAGAGGUUUACGCAUCUUCCCUUCUAAGAAAACCUAGGCAGUGAGUCUUUCCUUGCAUCCCAGAAAAAUUUCUAUGGCUGUAAAGACAGUUCUUCCCGGUGUUUUAGCACUAAUUCUAAACUUACAUGGCCUCUGGGGCCAAACAACUCCAACAGUGGAUUUGGGUUCUAGCAUCACUGCAGGAUCUAAUGCUUCCUGGGUGUCAUCCUCUGGUGAUUUUGCAUUUGGGUUUCACCCACUCUCUGCCAGCGGCGCCUACCUUUUAGGAAUUUGGUUUGAGAAAAUACCAGAGAAAACCCUUGUUUGGGCUGCUAAUCGCUACAGUCCAGCAGAAGGUGGAUCCAAAGUCGAAUUAGCUUCUGAUGGCCGACUUCAGCUCACAUACUUGAAUGGUAGUGUUCAGCGUAUUUCUGAAGCUUCUGCAAGAGCCGGUUUCAUGCAGGAUAAUGGUAAUUUUGUCUUGAAAGAUGCUGUAUCAAAUGUUGUUUGGAGUAGCUUUGAUUUGCCGACAGACACACUCUUGCCGGAACAAGAACUGACCGGCGGCAAAAAGCUCUACUCCAAUUCAAAUGGAACUGUAAACUAUUCACCCGGAAAUUUCAUGUUGGAAAUGCAAUCAGACGGUAAUUUGGUGCUCUCUGCUUACCAUUUUGCAGAUCCUGGUUAUUGGAUCAGUGACACUCAAAAUGUCGACGGUGUUCGUUUGAUAUUCAAUCAAAGUGCUUCCAUGUACCUUGUCAAUGGAACUAAUCACAAAAUUAGAUUUUUAACAAGCAACAUGCCAACCCCAGUUGAAGACUACUACCAUCGAGCAACUUUAGAUGAUCAGGGCAUUUUCCAACAAUUUGUUUACCAUAAAACAGAAGGCCGAAAUUGGACUAGAAUAUGGAGGCUUCCAGUUGAGCCCUGCCUUGUGAAUACUAUUUGCGGCGUAUAUGGUUUCUGCACUUCACCUGAUAAUGAAACGGUAACAUGUAAUUGCUUACCAGGUUACACUCCACUGAAUCCUAACAUUGUUUCCAAAGGGUGCCGCCCCGAAACUGUGGUGAAUUAUUGUGCCGAGCCUUCCUUCAGGAAUUUCACAGUGGAGGUGAUUGAUGAUGCUGACUUCCCACCAGAGAGUUUUGCAGAUUUGGCACGAACAAAUGUUGUUGAUGUGGAGGAGUGCAAGAAGGCUGUCAUGGAUGAUUGCUACAGCUUGGCUGCCGUUUUAUACGGCUCAACUUGUAACAAAAAGAGAAUGCCUCUGUUGAAUGGGAGGAACAGUACUUCUACUAAAGGAAUAAAGGCACUAGUCAAGGUGCCAAUGAAGAGAAGCAACCCAGGUAUUCAGAAAGGUAACAGAAAGAGCAAUUCUCAAUCUCGGACUGCUCUUGAGAUUGGUCUAAUAAUCAGUGCUAUCACUGCUUUCUUGUGUGGAGCUGCUGCUAUCUAUUAUAAUCCUUCAGCUCAACGACUUAUCAAAAGGAAGAAAAAGAACUCUAUGGAUGUCGAUAUAAACUUCCGAGAAUUCACAUUCCAAGAAUUGCACGAGGCCUCAGAUGGGUUUAGUAAGAUUUUAGGUAGAGGAUCUUCUGGAAAAGUUUACAGUGGAAAGUUGAGCUUAAAGGAUGCCCAGAUCGAGAUUGCAGUGAAAAAGCUGGAGAAAGAUAUUGACAAAAGCAAGGAAGAAUUCAUGACUGAGCUCAAGAUUAUUGGCCGGAGUCAUCACAGAAAUUUGGUAAGAAUGUUGGGAUUUUGCAAUGAAAAGGAUCAAUACCUUUUAGUUUAUGAGUUAAUGCCAAAUAGGACUCUCUCCGACUUUCUAUUUGGCGAGGGGAAGAGGCCUGGUUGGCUUCGGAGAGCUGAAAUGGCCUUUGAUAUAGCAAGAGGUUUGCUCUAUCUGCAUGAAGAAUGCGAGACACAGAUUAUUCAUUGUGACAUCAAGCCACAAAAUGUGUUACUUGACAUGAACUACACAGCCAAGAUUUCAGAUUUUGGGCUUUCCAAGCUGUUGAAUAAAGACCAAACAAGAACUGACACCAAUAUGAGAGGAACAAUUGGAUAUAUUGCGCCUGAAUGGCUAAAAAAUGUGCCAGUAACUACCAAAGUGGAUAUUUUCAGUUUUGGUGUAAUGCUGCUGGAGAUUAUAUGUUGCAGAAGGCACAUAGAGUUAAAUCGUGUCGAGGAAGAAAGCGAAGAGGAUGAUCUGGUUCUUUCAGAUUGGGUUUUAAGUUGUAUUGUAAACAAAAAGCUUGAGAUGGUAGUGGGGUAUGACCCUGAAGUAUCGAGUGAUUUCAAGAGGUUUGAGAGAAUGGCAAUGGUGGGAUUAUGGUGCAUUCAUCCAGAUCCCAAUCUGAGACCUUCCAUGAAGAAAGUAACACAGAUGCUUGAAGGAGAGUUGGAAGUAGCUAUUCCACCAUUGCUUCGUGAUGCAAUGUAAACAUUGUUGUAUUUUGCGGCAGAUUGCAACAUACUCAAUCAUCAAUCCGCUGAUAUAUUUUUGCUUGUUUUUAGCUAUAAACAAAAUUUGAUCUUUGCAUCAAGUUUAGGUUAAUUUUUUA